CUGGAGAGGCGCGCGCACUAAUCUCCAAGGAAACGGGACCGUUCAUUAACAUUAGAAACAUUAAAACAAGCAACAAACAAACAAACAAAACACGGUACCGAGUCAACAGAGGGACAAACCGAGAGGGAAGGAGAGUUUGUGAGGCUGGACUGAGACACACAGCCGGGGAGGAUGAGCCUGCACUGGGGAGCCGCGGACAGACCCUGAGGGCUUUUUCCUGAGUGAGCUCUGACCCCCGGAGCUCUGCUCUUCAGGAGUGUGUGCAUGUCGGGGGGUGGUGGUGGUGUGUGUCCUCUGAGAGACCUGCGUGAGCCCCCGCUCUGUCCUGCCCUGCUCGUCGUACCGGACCAAUGAGGGUCCACGUGAGCCACUAAAUUGCAGUGUGAGCCCUUCAAGCCUGCACACUCUGCUUUUUUCCCCCCGAUGGACUGCAUGCAUUCAACACGGACUAGUAAAAUGCAUUGGAUCACCCUGCUGCUGGCCAGCUUCACUUUUUGGGGCAAAGUGUCCGUGUACAACUGUUUAGAUUACGAAGAGAGCUUUGAUUAUUAUGAAGAGGAGAAAUCGGAGACCAUAGACUACAAAGAUCCCUGCAAAGCUGCGGUCUUUUGGGGAGAUAUCGCUUUGGAUGAGGAGGAUCUGAAAAUGUUUCAGGUCGACAGGACGAUAGACCUCACGCAACACCGACACAUGAGGCAAGGGCACACGUCAGGUGGAGCAGAAGAGCAUGACGCCACGAAAAAGCGAGGGCAGUUAUACCUCCUACUAGAGAGAAUACGACGACUGGGUCUCGACCUGUCAAAGAACUUGAGUAAAGAGGAGAGCUCGCGAGCUGGCUCAGUGGGCAGUGGGGAAAGAGAGAGAAGGGUGAGAGGGGGUAAAUCUCGUUUCCCACGAGCUGCCACUUCCAGAGCAGAGCGAAUCUGGCCUGGGGGUGUCAUCCCUUACGUUAUAGGAGGCAACUUCACUGGCAGUCAACGAGCAAUGUUUAAGCAGGCCAUGAGACACUGGGAGAAACAGACCUGUGUGACCUUCGUUGAAAAGACAGAUGAAGAGAGCUACAUCGUCUUUACAUACCGUCCCUGCGGAUGCUGUUCCUAUGUGGGUCGUCGUGGUAACGGGCCUCAGGCCAUUUCCAUUGGGAAAAACUGUGACAAGUUUGGCAUUGUGGUUCAUGAGCUGGGUCAUGUGAUCGGAUUCUGGCAUGAGCACACACGGCCCGAUCGUGACGAUCAUGUGACCAUCAUCAGAGACAACAUUCAGCCUGGUCAGGAAUACAACUUUCUAAAGAUGGAGCCUGGUGAGGUGAACUCUCUCGGUGAGCCGUACGACUUCGACAGCAUCAUGCAUUAUGCCAGAAACACUUUCUCCAGGGGAAUGUUUUUGGACACCAUCCUCCCUUCUCGUGAUGAAAACGGCGUCCGGCCUGCAAUCGGACAGAGAACCAGGCUCAGCAAAGGAGACAUUUCACAAGCCAAGAAACUCUACAGGUGUCCAGCAUGUGGUGAGACAUUGCAAGACUCAGCGGGCAACUUUUCAUCUCCCGGUUACCCGAACGGAUAUCCAUCGUACACACACUGUGUCUGGAGGAUCUCUGUCACACCUGGGGAGAAGAUAGUGCUCAACUUCACCACCAUGGACCUCUACAAGAGCAGUCUGUGCUGGUACGACUACAUCGAGGUGCGGGACGGGUACUGGAGGAAAGCCUCUCUUUUAGGUCGUUUUUGUGGUGAUAAGAUUCCAGAAACGUUGAUUUCCACGGACAGUCGGAUGUGGAUCGAGUUUCGCAGCAGCAGUAACUGGGUGGGAAAAGGUUUCUCUGCCGUAUAUGAAGCGGUUUGCGGCGGGGACGUCAAUAAAGACUCAGGACAGAUUCAGUCUCCAAACUACCCGGAUGAUUACAGGCCCUCUAAGGAGUGUGUGUGGAGGAUCACUGUGUCUGAGGGUUACAGCGUGGGCCUCAGCUUUCAGGCCUUUGAGAUCGAGAGGCACGAUAGCUGUGCAUAUGACUAUGUGGAGGUGCGGGAUGGCCUGUCUGAGAGCAGCCCACUGAUUGGUCGAUUCUGUGGCUAUGACAUCCCUGAAGAUAUUCGCUCCAGCUCCAACACACUGUGGAUGAAAUUUGUUUCAGAUGGAACUGUGAAUAAAGCUGGCUUCGCUGCAAAUUUCUUUAAAGAGGAGGACGAGUGCAUGAAGCCAGAUAAUGGUGGCUGUGAGCAGAGAUGCGUGAACACAUUGGGGAGCUUCAAGUGUACGUGUGAUCCUGGAUACGAAUUGGCCCCAGACAAAAAAAGUUGUGAAGCCGCAUGUGGAGGUCUGCUGUCCAAACUGAAUGGCACUAUCACGACCCCAGGCUGGCCAAAAGAAUACCCGCCCAACAAGAACUGUGUUUGGCAAGUGGUGGCCCCCACACAGUACCGCAUAUCAGUGCAGUUUGAGGCCUUUGAAUUGGAGGGGAACGAGGUGUGUAAGUAUGACUUUGUGGAAGUGCGGAGCGGCCUCUCAUCUGACUCGAAGCUUCAUGGGAAAUAUUGUGGCACAGAAGUUCCUGAGGUCAUCACUUCCCAGUACAACAACAUGCGCAUCGAGUUUAAGUCGGACAACACGGUUUCAAAGAAAGGCUUCAAAGCACACUUCUUUUCUGAUAAACCUGCUACCUGCAAAGCACGGAUCUUUAUAUUUAAGUCCUGUCAGGACAUAGCUUCACGUCCUUCUGCUCAUAGGGCAGCCAUAGGGCAGGUCACAGAUAAGGACGAGUGCUCAAAGGAUAACGGCGGAUGCCAGCAUGAGUGCGUCAACAUCAUCGGUAGUUAUGUUUGCCAGUGUCGCAAUGGCUUUAUACUGCACGAGAACAAGCAUGACUGCAAAGAAGCGGAGUGUGAGCACAAGAUCCACAGCCCCACCGGUACCAUAAGUAGCCCCAACUGGCCUGAUAAGUACCCCAGCAGGAAGGAGUGUACCUGGGACAUCACUGCCACUCCAGGCCAUCGCGUCAAAAUCUCGUUUAACGAGUUUGAGAUUGAGCAGCACCAGGAAUGCGCGUACGAUCACCUUGAGGCCUUCGACGGUGACUCGGACAAGGCGCCCAUUUUGAGUCGGCUCUGUGGUAGCAAGCUUCCAGAGCCCCUCGUCUCCACGAGCAACAGGAUUUACCUCCGCUUCAUCUCCGACGCGUCAGUGCAGCGCAAGGGCUUCCACGCUACACACUCCACAGAGUGUGGAGGCAGGCUGAGGGCCGAGGCGAGGCACAAGAACCUGUACUCUCACGCACAGUUCGGAGAUAAUAACUAUCCGGGCCACACAGACUGCGAGUGGCUAAUCACAGCCGAGGCCGGUUACAGCAUUGAGCUCACCUUCACCACCUUUGAGCUGGAGGAAGAAGCAGAGUGUGGGUAUGACUACAUCGAGCUUUACGAUGGGCAUGAUACGUCAGCUCACAAACUGGGACGCUUCUGUGGUUCAGGGCCUCGUGAGGAACUGUAUUCCGCCAGCGACACCAUGAUGAUUCGCUUCCACAGCGACGACACCAUCAGUAAGAAAGGAUUUCAUAUCCGUUACACCAGCACCAAGUUCCAGGAGGAGUUACACAUGCACAAGUAACACACACACACACUCAAACACACACACACACACACACACACACACACCGAAUGCCUCCAGGACACUGAGUUCGGCACACAAACACUCGAGAGUAAAGUUACUCAAAGGCACUGGACUUGCCUCCAUGUAUCAGCCACUAGGAGCGAGCCGCUCAUCAGACUCCUUGCUCCAAUCCCUAAAAUCGAGGCAAGCUCCGCCCGUUUUCCAACAGAUUGACGCUCGAUGGGACCGUAGCGGGCAGCCCUUUUCAAACUCCUGUCUAUACUAUUCACACAAAACACACAAUAAUAUUCAAAAAAACUGAAAAGCUUCUCUUCAGGAGACAAGCUUAUUGUAGAUGAUGCUGCACAUGAAAAGAGACAAAGUCUUAAAACGAGUAGGCCAUUUUCAAGCCUGUGGAUUUAAAAAAAAAACCAAAACCUGUUGUUGUGUUAUGUGUCAUAAUUUUACAAGCUAAGGACGAAAUGCGAAGUCUGAUUCUGAGCAACUAAGCUGCUGUCGCCACACUGUAAGUUAAAAUGUGUGUGCACUCGUCUGCAUGUUUUCAUUUCGGUGCGUGUACAUGCCUGUGGGAUUUUUCUUUAAAAAAAAAAAAAGAGAGAAAAGAAAUCAAAAAGAAUUCUUUAAUGUUAUGACGUCUGUGGCUGUUUACAUGCAAUGAUAUCUAAUUUAUAUAUGAAUAUAAGGAAGUAUGCAGAGAUAAAGAGCAACCUUAGAAUCCGACUCUCAUUACUUCGACGGAUGAAAUCAUGUUUUUCAGUGUCAACAGGCUUGUAAGGUCUACCAUAUUUUCAACGUCAUUUCAUUCUGAUUAAGAGCAUAGAGCUCGCAUAUAUAGUGUUUUUUUUUUUCUCCCAGUCCGUGAAACCCGUACAUGAACUUUGUCUUGUUUGUUUAUGAGGGUGUACACAAUGAGUGUUUUUCUUACAAAAGCUGUAAAGCAGAAGUGAAGCCUUGUAUGAAGUGAGUGUUACUGUACAGCGAUUGAAAACUCCCAGAAUCCUGUGCGCUUAACAUGCACUUAGCACAGAGGAUGAGGAAGAGAGACUCUGUCCCGCUGUGCGCCGAACUCUUCAUGCUCUCCAAGCUAACUAACUUUUCCAGUGUUGUUGGAGGCAACUGGACUAGAAUCAACUCAGUCACAAGGAGUCGAUUCAGUCUCAGAGUCGAUUCAGUCCCACGGAGUUGACUCAGUCACAGGGAAACUUUCCUGGGACGAUCACUGAGACACAUUUUUCCUGGAACUCGUAUUCUUUUUGAGAUUUAUUCUCCUCAAAACACACACGAGGCAAGCGGACGGCGAGGCGAACGCUGUGGAAGGGAAAUCCUAAUGGUGCUACUCAGAGCUUCAGAACUACAGAUCCUGUGAUGCAAUGAUCCAGACACUCGGUGUGCACUGUUCAUGAUUUACAGGCAGCGCUAAAGGAACGCUGUGACAUUAGCACACUCACAUCAUUGACAGCACGUCUAUUGUGGACGAGCAACUAUGGCCUUAGAACCAAAAUGUAUAUUAUUGCACAUGUGGAUGUUUAUGUAGAUAAUGUUUGUUGUGUCAAUGUUUUUUUUUAAUUAUUAAUGUAUUUUAUUUGAUAUUGAAUUUAAUGAACUUGAACAAUCAUCCUUAAAAAAACAAAGUCUGACCGAAAGUUUUUCCUUUCUCUCCAAAUUCCAGUACAGAUUUACACACACACACACACACACACACACACGAUUUUAAAAUGUUUGGUUUGUAACAAGACACAAUGGGUCCCAUUUAUCAAUCUUUUAGGAAAAUUGUGUUUCCAGAUCAAAGUUUCAGUCACGCAGUUUCACUUUAUACUCAUGCACAUACACUCGCCGGCCACUUUAAUAGGAACUUGUUGAUUCUAAGAUAGGGCGGCACGGUGGUGUAGUGGUUAGCGCUGUCACCUUGCAGUAAGAAGGUCCGGGUUCGAGCCCCGUGGCCGGCGAGGGCCUUUCUGUGUGGAGUUUGCAUG